AUGUUUAAGUGCGUCAACGCCGGCCUGCCGUGCCCCGGGCUCGGCCCGCGCAUCAGGUUCGUGCACGGCAUUGCCUCGCGCGGCAAGUUCAAGAACAAGCCCGCGCCUUUAGCUGCCGGCAUUCCAGACGAUCCUCCCGUUGAUCCCCAGCCUGAGAGCAGGGAAGAGCCCCGCCCUAGCCAAACACAGUGUAAUCCAGAAUCGCAGCUCGUGGUCCUUGCGCCUUGGAGGCCUCAAUUGACCAUAUACUACCCCCUCGAUCACAUGAGUGGCUGCGAAAGAUCUCUUCUUCAUUACUAUGCAGAAAAGGUCGCUCCCAUCAUGGUCCCAAUCAACAAGCCCUUCAAUGGCUAUCGGGACGUGAUCCUGCCUAUGACUGAGACGUGCCCGACCAUGCUCAACGCCGCCCUCGCCGCAGCCUCCCACCAUCUGGCCGUCGUUCACCAGCCCACCUACCGCCAGUCCGCCGCCUCUUAUUACACCGCUGCCAUACGCGGCCUGCGCCUACAGCAACAGCAGUCGCUGAUCGGAGGGGAAGAAGCGCUGGUCCCAAGUCGCCACACAGCAGUCGAGACCAUCGGCACCAUCCUCCUGCUCCUCGUUUGUGACAUGGUCGCUGCGGGCAGCGACUUUCAAAUCCUGUUCAGGAUGCUUACCCGCCUGGUUGAAAUGUCUGGUGGCAGCGACGCCCUGUGCGCUGAUGGCGACCUAAACAACGUCUUCCUAAUCCAACAAGUGAAGAAGCUAUCCUUCUACGGCCAACCCUUCCUCCGCGAAGCCACUGAGACCUCCCUAGUCGUCACUGGCUUCGCCGGCGCCGUCGAGUCUUUCACCGCCCAGAGCCGCAACAACCCGGAGCAUGCUCCCGUCUUCGCCCGGUUGAUCGCGCUCAUCGAGCAGGCUCAUGACAUCUACAUCCAUCGCGCCCUGGGCGACCUUCCCCCUCAAGCCAUGAACGCGCUUGUCGAGCGCUUCCUUGACACCGCCGGCGACAUCCCUGUAGCGUCACCUGGAGGCCACAGCCUCGUGUGGGCUUACUUCAUUGUUGCCGCCGAGAGCUCCGACCCCCGGCAUCGGCGCUUCUUUGUGGGCAAAUUGAGGGAGCUUUUCAAUGAUACAGGCUUCGCGAACGCGCUGAGCGCUAUCCAGGAACUGCAGAGGAUUUGGUCGAUUGCGGGCGAGGAGCGGUGGACGUACAUGCUACCAACCUUGGCACGAACUUUGGUGAUGUAA